UGGAGAAGCCUAUAGUUACACAGCGAGAUCAACCCAAUUGAGAUGUAUUGGGGGUAUAGCAAAACUCGAUAUCGUCAAGUAAAGAAGACUAGCUUCCCAGAUACCAAAGCUAAGGUGGUAGAGGCACUUGAAGCUUGUUCAAUUGAAACCAUACGGAGGUUCUGUAAUCGUAUGUUCCGCUGGAUGGAUGCGUACCGGAAGGGAUUAAGUAUUAAACAAGCUGCUUGGUGCGUAAAGAAGCAAAAACGCCAUAGAACGAUAUCUAAAAAGGUAAUGGACGAAUGGGAUAAUAUGCAAAAGGAAGGGAAAGAAGGUAGCUAAAUAAGAAGCUAGGUUUAUGGAUUUAGUUCAGCUAAAAGUGAGCUUGAAACCUAUUUAAUUAUAGCCCCACCAUAUAUAUAAUAUAUAUGGCACUAGAAAAAGCUAUAUUUAGUACUUAGGAAG